UCUUCUCAAUCUUAAACGCUGUGCAUCAAUUUCUCUACGUAUAAAUAAAUCAAGAAAAAACACGGAAUCUUUUCAAAAUUCUUUUACUAUUACCAGAACUGCAAAAUAAAAGAUCACAAAAUGUUGAACAAAAGAACGUUAAACCUUACAAAAAAUCUUCAAAUUUUAAAAGAAUUCAGCAUUUUAUUUAUUAUUUUAUUAACAAUAUUAAUAAAUUCAGCAAAUGGUUUAGCUAAUUGCCCAUACGGAUGUAAAUGUGAUGAUGAAACAUUAGUUGUAAAAUGCGGUGAAGGUCAUUUAGAUGUUUUACCGAUUGCAUUAAAUCCAUCAAUCCAAAGAUUAGUUAUUAAAAAUAAUAAAAUAAAAAUAAUUGAUUCAUCAAUACAAUUUUAUGCUGAAUUAGCAUUUUUAGAUUUAUCAUAUAAUCAUUUAAUUAGUAUACCACCAAAAACAUUUGCUUAUCAAAAGAAAUUACAAGAAUUACAUUUAAAUCAUAAUCGAAUUGGUUCAAUAAAUGAUAAAAUCUUAAUUGGUUUACAAUCUUUAACUGUAUUAAAUUUACGUGCUAAUUUAUUAGAUGAAUUAAGCGCUGGUACAUUUGUACAGCUAACAAAAUUAGAAGAAUUAAAUUUAGGACAAAAUAGAAUAAGUAAAAUUGAUCCGAAAGCAUUUGAUGGUUUAAUUAAUUUAAGGAUAUUAUAUUUAGAUGAUAAUACAUUAACAACAGUUCCAAGUUUAUCAUUUGUAGCGAUGCCAAUGUUAGCCGAAUUAUAUUUGGGUACAAAUUCAUUUACAACAAUACAAAAGAAUGCAUUUAAUGAUAUGAAAGGUUUAAUUAAAUUAGAUUUAAAAGGUGCUGGUUUACAUAACAUAUCAAAUGAAUCAUUUAAAGGUUUAGAUGGUGUUAGAAUAUUAGAUUUAUCAGAUAAUCGAUUACAACGAAUACCAACAACAGAAUUAAGUAAAAUGACACGUCUUGAAGAAUUAUCACUUGGUCAAAAUGAUUUUGAAAUAAUACCAGAAGGUGCAUUUAUUGGUUUAACAAAUUUAAAAAAAUUAGAAAUAACUGGAGCUGGACGUUUAAAACGUGUUAAUACUGGUGCAUUUACAACAAAUGCAAAUUUAGAAUGGUUAAAUUUAUCAUCAAAUAAGGAAUUGAAUGAAGUGCAAGAGGGUGCACUUAGCGGUUUACCACAUUUAAAACAUGUUAUAUUAAGAGAUAAUAAUUUGCAAACACUUGCCGAAGGUUUAUUCCCAUGGGUUGAUUUAAAAACAUUAGAUUUAUCAGAGAAUCCUAUAAUAUGCGAUUGUCGUGUAUUAUGGCUUAGAAAUUUAUUAGUUGUUAAAAAUUUUAGUCAAGAUGCAAAUGAAAAUAUUGCAAAUGUUUUAUGUGGAUAUCCAAAACAUUUACAAGAAGAAUCAUUACGUAAUUUAUCACCGGGCCUUUUGGGUUGUGCACGUACUGAUCAUCGAAAACAAGCAAUGAUUGGUGCUUUAAUUGUUGGUUCAGCAGCAUCAGUAACAGCACUUGUACUAAUAUUAUAUCGUUGCCGCCGAAAGAUACGUGAAUUUUUAAAAGGCGGUUGGGGUAAUUCAGCUCUUGGUCGUAAAGAACGUGAAUAUCAAAAAACUUUCUCUGAUGAAGAUUAUAUGUCACGUCAUCCACAUCCAUGUGGUUUAAGUGGUUUAGGUAUUCAUCCAACAUUUACAAAUAAUUAUAAUCCACAUCCAGCUUAUCCAGGCCAUAGACCAAUACCAGUAACGGAACUAUAGCUAGAGGCUCCACCACUCCAUCCAUUAAGGAGGAGUGGUGCCUCGACCCUACAACAACUUCAAGUACCAACCUCCACAGCCACCAUAAAUCAUAUAAAUGGUGCUGCAACACUUAAUGGUAUUAGUCGUGAUAGUUCACCGACAUUUGUACAAUUAA